UCAGCCGCCGCGCAUUUUUUUUUGCAAAACGUCCGUCUGGCGGAAUUUGCGCUAUAAAUGUGUUAAAUUAUUAAGUAAGGCGGACAAUAUUACUGCAAAGCAUUAAGUUAUAGCUGACAUCAUGUCGAGCUUUGUCCUAGAUAAAGAAUCAUUUGUGCGUCGAAUAAAACGCCUCUAUACAGAAUGGAAGGCGCCAAGCACUGGGCACGACGAUGCGCUCAGCAAUCUGGACUGCAUCAUGAGCGUGGUGGGCGUCGACGAGGAUGUGAUUUACUCAAAGUCCAUGGCAUUGCAGCUCUGGCUGCUCGGCUACGAGCUGACCGACACAAUUUCGGUGUUUGCCUCGGAUGCCAUCUACUUUCUGACCAGCAAAAAGAAAAUCGAGUUCCUCAAGCAGGCGCAGAACAUCACAGAGGAGGGUGUACCAGAAAUAAAGCUGCUCGUGCGGGAUCGUAAUGAUAAGGAUCAGGCCAACUUUGAGAAGCUCAUUACGACCAUAAAAAACUCAAAGAAGGGCAAACGCCUGGGCGUUUUCACCAAGGAUGCAUUCCCGGGCGAGUUUAGCGAAGCCUGGAAAAAGAUGCUCACGGCCGCCAAGUUUGAGCAUGUGGACAUCAGCACCAUAAUUGCGUAUCUGAUGUGCCCCAAGGAUGAGGCAGAGAUCAACAAUAUACGUAAGGCCUCAUUGGUCUCCAUGGACAUAUUCAACAAAUAUCUGAAGGAUGAAAUCAUGGACAUCAUCGACUCGGAUAGGAAAGUAAAACACACCAAGCUCGCGGAUGGCUGCGAGGCAGCUAUUGGCGAGAAGAAGUACACGAGCGGCCUGGAUCCACGAUUGCUUGACAUGGCCUAUCCGCCCAUUAUACAGUCCGGCGGCGCAUACAGUUUGAAAUUCUCGGCAGCUGCUGAUAAGAAUCAUUUGCAUUUUGGGGUGAUUGUGUGCUCGCUGGGCGCGCGCUACAAAUCCUACUGCUCCAAUAUUUCGCGCACAUUUCUGGUUAAUCCCACGGAAGCCAUGCAGGAGAAUUACACAUUUCUGGUAAAUGUGCAGGAGGAAAUACUCAAGUUGCUGGUGCCGAACGCCAAGCUCUGCGAAGUGUAUGAUAAAACGCUGGCCUAUGUGAAAAAGGAAAAGCCCAGCAUGGUCGAGAAUCUAACCAAAAGCUUUGGCUUUGCCAUGGGCUUGGAAUUCCGAGAGAACUCAAUUGUCAUUGGUCCCAAAUGCCAGGCGCUUAUCAAGAAGAAUAUGGUCUUCAAUCUGCAUGUGGGCAUCUCGAAUUUAACCAAUCCCGAUGCCGCCGACAAAGAGGGCAAAACCUAUGCCCUAUUCAUUGGCGACACGGUGCUGGUGGGCGAUCAGGGUCCGGCCAGUGUGAUGACGCCAUCCAAGAAGAAGAUCAAAAACGUCGGCAUAUUCAUUAAAGAUGACGACGAUGAGGAGGAGGAUGCGGACGAUAAGAAGCCCACAAAAACGGAUCAGAGCACCGAAAUAUUGGGUCGCAGCAAACGCAACGCUGUGCUCGAGUCCAAGCUGCGCAAUGAGAUCAACACGGAGGAGAAGCGCAAGGAGCAUCAGCGUGAACUUGCACAGCAGCUAAACGAACGGGCACGCGAACGUCUCGCCAAGCAGGGCAACUCCAAGGAGGUGGAGAAAGUGCGCAAGAACACCGUCUCCUACAAGUCCAUGAGCCAAAUACCGCGUGAGCCGGAGGUCAAGGAGCUGAAACUCUAUGUGGACAAGAAAUAUGAGACGGUCAUAAUGCCAGUGUUUGGCAUACAGGUGCCCUUCCAUAUUUCCACCAUCAAGAAUAUAUCUCAGUCCGUGGAGGGCGAGUACACGUAUCUGCGCAUCAAUUUCUUUCAUCCGGGCGCCACAAUGGGACGCAACGAGGGUGGACUCUAUCCACAGCCGGAGGCAACCUUUGUCAAGGAGGUUACCUAUCGCAGCUCGAACGUUAAGGAACACGGCGAGGUGGCGGCUCCAUCAGCCAAUCUGAACAAUGCGUUCCGCCUAAUUAAAGAGGUGCAAAAACGUUUUAAGACCCGCGAAGCUGAGGAGCGUGAAAAGGAGGAUUUGGUUAAACAGGAUACGCUCAUAUUGUCGCAAAACAAGGGCAAUCCCAAGCUGAAGGAUCUGUACAUUCGACCCAAUAUUGUGACGAAGCGCAUGACUGGCAGCCUGGAGGCGCACACCAAUGGCUUCCGCUACAUCUCUGUGCGCGGCGACAAGGUGGACAUUCUCUACAACAACAUCAAGAGCGCAUUCUUUCAGCCCUGCGAUGGUGAAAUGAUAAUUCUGCUGCACUUUCAUCUCAAAUACGCGAUUAUGUUUGGCAAAAAGAAGCAUGUGGAUGUUCAGUUCUAUACGGAAGUGGGCGAAAUAACCACAGAUCUGGGCAAGCAUCAGCAUAUGCAUGAUCGCGACGAUUUGGCUGCCGAGCAGGCGGAACGCGAGCUGCGCCACAAACUGAAGACGGCGUUUAAGAGCUUCUGCGAAAAGGUCGAGGCCAUGACCAAGGCGCAGGUCGAGUUCGAUACGCCCUUCCGUGAGCUUGGUUUCCCCGGAGCGCCGUUCCGCAGCACGGUUACACUGCAGCCGACAUCCGGCUCGUUGGUCAAUCUAACCGAGUGGCCGCCAUUUGUUAUUACGCUGGACGACGUGGAGCUGGUUCACUUUGAGCGCGUACAGUUCCAUUUGCGCAACUUUGACAUGAUCUUUGUGUUUAAGGAGUACAACAAGAAGGUGGCCAUGGUCAAUGCCAUACCCAUGAACAUGUUGGAUCACGUCAAGGAGUGGUUAAACUCCUGCGACAUUCGCUAUUCGGAGGGCGUGCAAUCGCUCAACUGGCAGAAGAUUAUGAAGACAAUUACCGAUGAUCCCGAAGGCUUCUUCGAGCAGGGCGGCUGGACAUUCUUGGAUCCCGAAUCGGGCAGCGAGGAUGAAAACGAAUCAGCCGAGUCGGAGGAGGAUGAGGCCUAUAAUCCAACAGAUGCCGAGUCGGAUGAUGAAACCGAUGAAGAUGAUUCCGAGUACUCGGAGGCCUCCGAGGAUGAAAGCGACGACAGCGAUGAGUUGGGCUCCGAUGAGGAAUCUGGCAAGGACUGGUCGGAUCUGGAGCGCGAGGCCGCCGAAGAGGAUCGCAACAAUGACUACGCUACCGAUGAUAAGCGCAAUGGCAAAUUCGAGUCAAAGAAGCAUAGCAAGAGCUCCAAGCACAGUCGUCGCGAGCGUGAGGAGCAGCGAUCGUCGCACAGUAAAAAGCAUAAGUCGAAUUCCUCCUCUUCUUCACAUUUAAAAUCCUCCAGCUCCAAACAUGGCAGCUCAUCUAGCCCAACGAAAUCGUCUAAGGAUAAGUAUCAUAAUCGCGAUAAGCAUCAUUCCUCCUCAUCGUCGGGACACAAAAACAGCAGCAAGGAUAAGGAUCGCAAGCGCUCACGAGAAGACAGUCGAGACAAUGGCCACAAAUCGAAGAAGUCGAAGCGUUAAGGAUAAAACACAGCUAACCGUAGUAACAAUAGCACAGGAACACACACAAACAUAACACAACACACACACACACACAGAAAAUUUACCUUAACCUUAGGUUAAUAUUUGUCUGUCACACAUCUGUACAUUUUGGCAUUGUAUUGCUCGACACGCAUACACACAAACAAACAAACACACACACACACACUUACAAUAUAAAAACCGUGUCCCCGUA